AACAGUCAUGUCAUAAUGGUGUGAUGUCAUAAUGGUUCCAUGAGGCGUUCUAUAUGGUUGCCAUGGCACCAUUGCAUCACACUCGGUGCCUAUAAAAGGCUCAGCCAGAUGAAACCGGUAUCAUUUGACUGAUCUGAACGCUUGCCUUUGGUUGACUCCGAACGCUACUGUACAGAUUACCAAGUGAAUUUGCAGACUUUACAAAAGUUCGCAACUUUAAACUGCUUGACGCACUGUGUACGGACAGACAGUUUACUUUCAACCCUCUGUAAACCGAGUCUAAGCACAGUUAAGUCUUUCAGUUAUUCCUCAACAUCAUGUUUCGUCCUGUAACACCAUUGUCCGACAAGGACAUGGAAGGAACCGAUGUUGAAAACAUGGAUUUGCCGAAUGCUGUGCCGAACUUUGACUAUGUCCUUUCGUCACAAGUCGGGCGCGCUGCCGGUUGUUUAAAUCCAUGUGGAGGAGAGGAGAAGGAUGAUGAGGAGAUGGUGGAUGUUUAUCCAACACGUACUGAGGCGAAACGCCAAAGAGUGUUUGGAGGAGAGAUGGAUUCAUUCCUACCGAAUGCUGUGUUGACCUGUGACUAUGUCCCUGACAUCGGACUUUCUUCAGAGGUCGGACGCGCUGCCGGUGGUUUGAAUCUGAGUGGAGGAGUAGAGGAGAAAAUCCCAACAAUGUUGGGAUGGAGAUGUGAUGAUGGUGGAAUGGAUCUUGUCCUUCCGAAUGCAGUCCCUGACAUUGUCCCGAACAACGGACAUUUGUUAGACAGACGCGCCGGUAGUUCACAUCCACGAGGAGGAGUAAAGGAGUUUACUCCUGCAUUUGAGGAGGCGAACAGCCCCAAAGAAAAAUGCAAUAAUAAAGUCUUGAGAUCAAUAAAGAAGACUUGGAAGAAUGUAAUGCACCCAUUCCUUCGUAAUGAUAAAGUGGAAACACUGAUUCCUUCAGAGCUUAAUGCGGAUUCAGCUAAUCCUAAUUUAAAGGAUGAUGCUGGUCUGGCGAGCUCUAAAUUAAACACUGUAAUCAAACUGGACAAACAACGAAAGGCAUUCUUUGGCUGUCCCUGGAGGGGCAAGGUGGAGUCAAUGCCGACUCCACAGCUUAAAGCGGAUCCAGCUAUCCCUGAUGUUAGGGAAGUUGUUGAUCUUGCAUCACAGUCAAAGGCCGACGUUGGUCCGAAGAAACAGAAAGAAAAGGCUUCAAAGAGCCGCAAAUCUAACCUCCAGGGAGAAAAAGUGACUGUUGUGCCAACUCAACAGCCCAAGGCUAUUUCAGAUAUUCCUGUUGGCAUGGAUGUUCCUGCUCUGGCCGGCCCCCAAUCAAAAACAAAGAUUCGUCCGGAUAAAAGCAAGACAUUGAAGCAAUGCAUCCUUGGAUGCUUCCAGAGGGGCAAAGUGGAGUCAAUGCCGACUUCACAGAUUGAAGCCGAUCCAGCUAUCCCUGAUGUUAGGGAAGUUAUUGAUCUGGCAGAUUCUCAAUCAAAGAGUGUUGGCUUAAAGAAAAACAAACAAAAGGCUUCAAAGAGCCGCUUUUUUCACAACCCUUGGAGAAAAAAAGGGAAGAGUAAAGUGAAAAAAGAUGCCGAUCCAGCUAUUUCUGAUGCCAUGGAUGGUGCUGAUCUGGCCAGUUUUGGUGGCACCGCUGCAGCUAAUGCCAGGCUACAGAAGAUAGGUGCCAUUCCAAAGAAUAUCGGGUUAAAAGGUGGCGGAAAUCCUGACCCAAAUAAAGCAAAAAAUCCUGGGUCAAAAGAUGCUGGAAAUCCUGAGGCAAAAGAUGGUAGAAAUCUCAGGCCAAAAGCUUUUGGAAUUCGCAGAAUUCCUUGGUUUUCUAAUCCAAGAGUAGUAAAAAUCCCAGAAAAUCCCGACCCAAAUACAGCUAAAAGUCCUGGACCAAAAGAAGAGGAAAAUCCUGGGGCAAAAGCUAUUGAAAAUCCCAGACAUCCUGGGCCAGAAGAUGAUAGAGUUGUCAGGCCAAAAAUUAUAAAUGUUUUUCAACAAGUUUUUGAACCGCCAGAAGAGACGAAACCAGCUGAUACGAAACCAGCUGAUACCCCACUAUCUAAAGAGACUUUUGAUUCUAAAUAUUACUUAUUAAAUGAAGUGAUUGGGCAAGGUGGCUUUGGCAAAGUGUGCAAAGGGAUCCGUAAAUCGGAUGGCUGUCCGGUUGCCAUCAAGCGAAUAAGCAAACGAAAGGAUGAAAGAACUCUUCAGAUUCCUGGAUACCCCAAACCAGUCAUUACAGAAGUGGCGCUGCUGCUUAAGUUAAGAGAUGCGCCCUCAUGCCCCAAUGUCAUACAGUUGUAUGACUGGUACGAAACUAAACACUUUUGCAUGCUCGCGUUGGAGUACCCUCAGCACUGCCAAACCUUGUGGGAUUUUGUUAAUAGUGAAAGACAACUAAGUGAAAAUACAGCAAGACAUCUUAUGCGUCAGGCAGUACUGGCAGUAAAACACUGUCUGGAUAAUGGAGUUUUCCAUACAGACCUCCAUGGCAAGAACUUCUUGCUGCAGAAAUCAACAAUGACCCUGAAGUUAAUUGACUUUGGGGUUGGAUAUUAUCUUACGGAUGAGGCCUAUGAUUCCCACGACUUUAUAGGAGCUCCAUGUUGCAUCCCGCCUGAGAUGAAAAUGGAAAAGAAAUACUACGCCAUACCAGCAAACGUAUGGGCCUUAGGUGCUUUGCUGUAUUUCAUGGUGCUUGAAACUUUCCUCUAUCCUUUAGACCCCUUUUAUGGGAAGGGUUUAUCAAAGGAAAUCUGUGAUCUGAUGAAAAGGUGCUUGGCCCUGAAUCCAAGUGAUCGUCCGACGCUCAAGCAGAUCUUAGAUCAUGACUGGUUUAAAACUGAGUCUAACGAAGAAGAGCUACUCUUUUACAAAAUGAGGGCGCUAUCCACAUAAAUAUAAAAAGGAUGAAGCUUAAUGACUGAAGGAGAGAGGAAUGAUGCGAGAUGCUGGUUUCACAGAUGAGUUUCUACAACUAGAAACAGAGAAUAGCACGGAAAUUAAAAGGGCCAUUAUUACAAGAGAGACAAGAGAUGAGCCAUUAUUUAAAACAGGAAUUUCUCAGGAGUAACACAUUUUUGGGAACUUUCUGCAUAAUGUGGUAUUUCAGCCUCAGACUUUAUGACCACAUGAACAUCUGAUGCAGAUCCUGUCUCGUUCUUGAACAUAUUUAAUAAAAAAAUAAUUUACAAGUUUUAAUUUUUUUAAUUCUUAAUGUUUUAUCUGUUAAAGUUGUAUAAUACAGUAUCUAAUAUAUAGUAGGUCCUCUAUAGAAUAAGCUAUGUCUGGCUCUCUCUCUCUAGGGUUUUUUCUCCUAGGAGUUUAGGGAGUCAAAUUACAUUUUCUUAACUUAGAUCUCUCUUCUAUACGUUACAUUAUUACGCUUAAUAGUUCAGUUUAAUCUGUACUUUGCAACUUUUGUUGUCCCUUGAUUUUUCUGUGUUUUUUCUUUUUUAUUAAUGUAAAGCUGCUUUGAAAUAAUUAAGCAAUUGUGAA